GCGCAUGCGGCGCCUAGUGAUCAGCGGGACAAUGGCGGCUUCUUUAAGUGGGGAGAAGGAAAGGGAGCGGAUGGGAGGCGUCUCGGGAAUGGCAGGCCUUGGCAGUACGCGAGAGCGGUUGCUGUCUGCGCUGGAAGACCUGGAGGUGUUGUCGAGGGAACUUAUAGAAAUGCUGGCAAUUUCAAGAAAUCAGAAGCUGUUACAGCUGGAAGAGGAAAAUCAGGUUUUGGAGUUGCUAAUUCUCCGAGAUGCAAACUUUCAAGAACUAAUGAAAUUAGCACUUAACCAAGGGAAAGUCCAUCAUGAGAUGCAGGCUUUGGAAAAAGAAGUAGAGAAGAGAGACAGUGACAUUCAACAGCUGCAGAAACAGCUAAAAGAGGCAGAGCAGAUCCUGGCAACAGCUGUUUACCAGGCAAAGGAGAAACUGAAGUCAAUCGAGAAAGCUAGAAAAGGUGCAAUCUCCUCUGAAGAGAUCAUUAAAUAUGCACAUAGGAUUAGCGCAAGCAAUGCUGUAUGCGCUCCGCUGACCUGGGUUCCAGGAGACCCUCGGAGGCCAUACCCAACCGAUUUAGAGAUGAGAAGUGGACUGUUGGGGCAGAUGAACAACCCCUCCACCAGCGGCGUGAACGGCCAUCUGCCAGGGGAUGCCCUCGCAGCAGGCAGGCUGCCAGACGUCCUUGCUCCACAGUACCCCUGGCAGUCGAAUGACAUGUCUGUGAACAUGCUUCCACCAAACCACAGCAGUGACUUUCUGUUGGAGCCUCCUGGGCACAACAAGGAGAAUGAGGAUGACGUGGAGGUCAUGUCAACAGACUCCUCAAGCAGCAGCAGCGACUCUGACUGAAGGAGGCAGAGCCCCGCGCA